UGCUCCUUUUUAUUGUCUUCUUCUUUCUCUCCGAUCGAGUAACGGCUAUUCUCCGUCGUUCCGGGGAAACGAAUCCCUAACCCUAACCCAGCUUUCAUUGCAAUCUCGAUCUCUCGGAGCUCAAGGAUCAAAUGGGGAGCUAAUUAGGGUUCCGAUCCGGAGAACCUAUGGCUUUGGCUCAUGCUGUAUCCAUAUCUCCCCCUUUGGGCUUCGCUUGCGUUGAAAGUAACGUUUUUGAGAGGCGGAGGACGUCGCCUCCCGGCGUCAUGGUCUUGCUUGCCGGCAAAGGCGUAGACGGAGGUCUCAGGCAGCGGGCAUUGGGUGAUUGGCGGGAUUUGGGCCGAAGAGUGGUCCGGAGAUCGAGGAGGCUGAAUGCGGCCGUGGCUCCGGUGGUGGAGAGUGGGCAGAAUCGUAAGACUGUGGAGAUCCCUGUCACUUGCUAUCAGAUUUUGGGUGUUUCUGAGAAAGCUGAGAAGGAUGAAAUUGUAAAAGCAGUGAUGGAGUUGAAAAAUUCGGAAAUUGAAGAUGGGUACACAGCGGAUAUCGUUAGAAUCCGUCAGGAUAUUUUGAUGGAUGUGCGGGAUAAACUUCUUUUUGAACCAGUAUAUGCUGGUGACAUAAAGGGAAACGUUGCCCCAAAAGCCUCACUUCGCAUCCCAUGGACUUGGUUGCCUGCUGCUCUUUCCCUUUUACAAGAAGUUGGAGAAGGGAAAAUAGCACUUGAACUUGGUCGGACUGCUCUACAGCAUGCAGAUGCCAAGCCAUAUAUUCAUGAUUUGCUUCUGUCCAUGGCAUCAGCUGAAUGCUCAAUUGCCAAAACUUGCUUUGAAAAAAGUAAAGUAUCUGAAGGAUUUGAAGCUCUUGCACGUGCCCAACAUUUAUUAAGGAGUGAAAUCUCUCUAGUGAAGAUGCCUUUACUAUCACAGGUUGAAGAAUCUUUAAAAGAGCUUGCGCCUGCAUGCACAUUGGAGCUAUUGGGCUUGCCCUGCACCCCAAAGAACAUCGAGCAUAGGCAACGGGCAAUCUUAGCAUUACAUGAGCUGCUUAGGCAGGGUCUCAAUGCUGAAGCUUCCUGCAGAGUUCAAGAUUGGCCUUGUUUCUUGACUCAUGCAAUGAACAAGUUAAUGGCUUCUGAAAUUGUAGAUCUUCUUUCUUGGGAUACUUUGGCCAUUGCCCGCAAAAAUAAAAAAUCUCUCCAAUCUCAGCACCAAAGAAUUAUGAUUGAUUUUAAUUGCUUUUAUGUGGCCAUGAUUGCCCAUAUUGCUUUUGGAUUUUCAUCAAGACAAACUGAAAUGAUAAGUAAAGCAAAAACCAUUUGUGAGUGCCUGAUGGAAUCAGAAGGCACAAAUCUGAAGUUUGAAGAAGCCUUUUGCUCCUUCCUUUUGGGGCAGGGGAGUGAGAAAGAAGCUGCUGAAAAGCUUUCCCAACUUGAAAUUAAGGGAGCAUCAGUCACCCGUAGUUUAGAAUCCCCAUACCCAAUUAAAGAAAACAAAGACAAGCACGCUGUGAAUAGGGCACUGGAAAAUUGGCUGAAGGAGUCUGUUCUUGGUGUUUUUCCGGAGACAAAGAAUUGUGCUCCAUCUUUGACUGGUUUUUUUAGUGGCCCAAAGCGAAUUCUUAGUGGGGGCAAGCAAAAAUUAGGCAAUGUUGAUAGUGUCACACUUAGCCAUCGAUCAUUGCCUCACAGCCUUUCAACAAAUCAAGUCCCUGAAGAACCUCUGCAUUUGAAUUCAACUAGACAUCUUGGGGAGGCUGUUAGACAAUUGGCACCAGUUAACUUGCAGAACCGGCUGAACAUGAGCAAGAGUAGUGGUACCAUCAAGGGACCGUCCGUUCAAGUAAACAGAAACCCUGGACAAGCUCAUCUUAAAUUUUGGGAACAUUGGUCGCUGAUAGGAGACAUAACAGUACAGAUUGGAUGUGCUACUUUUGCAUUAUGCAUUCUAGUGGGAUCAUGGAAGUUGUUUCUGCUGCAAUCUGGACAGAACAAAAGCAUGAAUAACCUGCAUCCUAGUCAACAAAGUUUGAGCAGAAGUUCCCAUAUUUGGACCAUGGAUCAUACACCGGAUUUAAAAUCAAAUUUUGCUCGCAAGAACAUGUUUGCGCUUUUUGGGGAGCUGCUGGCAAUGUUCAGGCACCCCUCCAAGCAUGCAUCAGAUGCGGUAUCUUCUCCAAAUACCAGACCUGAUGAUAUUUCAUCUUUAUCUGUGGCAUAUGCUUCUCCUGCCAACAUGCUUCACAGAAGACAGAUGCCUCUGGAAGAAGCAGAAGCUCUAGUAAGACAGUGGCAAGACAUCAAAGCUGAGGCUCUAGGGCCAAAUCAUCAAAUUCAGGCCCUCUCCGACAUUCUGGCUGAAUCCAUGCUUUCAAGGUGGCAUGACUUGGCAAAUGCAGCAAAAACCAGCUUGUGCUUCUGGAGGUUUGUUUUACUGCAGCUUUCUAUCGUGCGAGCUGACAUCCUCUCAGAUGAUCUUGGCGGUGAGAUUGCAGAAAUCGAGGUAGUACUCGAGGAAGCUGCAGAGCUUGUUGAUGAAUCCCACUCAAAAAAUCCAAAUUACUACAGUACAUACAAAAUCAAUUAUAUCUUGAGAAAACACGACGAUGGCUCCUGGAAAUUCUGUGAAUGUGCAAUCGAAGAAGACGUCAGGUAAGACCACAAUUGAUUUCUUGAUAUUACUCACAGAUUUUCUAGUGAAGCUAAUUAGUGUAGUGUUUCAGUUCUGUGAAUGGGUGAGUAGGCUACCUGCUAUUUGUUUCUUCAUUAGUUCGCUUUGCUUGUAGUGCUAACCAUUGUUUCAAUUUAUUGUUAUUAUAAUCAAGCUCACGGUUUUAAGUUA